CUUAACUGUGCUGACAAUUGAGUUGUCAAAUUUGACAGCGCAAAAAAUAUACUUGUGCAAGUGAGCGAGUUUUCAGCAAUUCGUUUUUUUAGAUUCUACAAAAGAAAUUAAACGAAACCAUAAUAUAAAAAGAUGUUGUCCCAAACUAUUUUGAAUGGUGUACGCGUGUUGCGUGUUGAAGCCCGCCGUAGCAUUGGUAUCAUUGCCCCAGCCAUGAGCAAAGCCUCUGAUCCAAUUCAACAAAUUUUCUUGGACAAAGUACGCGAAUACAAACAGAAGAGCGCUGGUGGCAAGAUGGUUGAUCCUACCCCCGAAAUUGAAAGGGAAAUGAAAAAUGAAUUGGAUCGUGUUGCCAAGCAAUUCGGUAGUGAUGGCAAAACUGAUAUGGCCAAAUUCCCCGAAUUCAAAUUCCCCGAAGUUAAAGUUGAUCCCAUCACUUCAACCGCCUAGAUUUAAAUCUUAUUUUCAUCUAAAAAACAAAUUCCAACUGUGUUGUUAAUGUCAGUUCUUAAUU